UGCUCCGUUCCGAAUCAAUGGCAGAAGCCGAGGCGCCAUGUUCGGAGCCUAGCCGCCGACCACUUUCCUCUAAACGCCCCAAGAGAGAUAGAGAUGAGCGGGUGACGUAUAGAGGCGUGCGUAUGCGGAGCUGGGGGAAAUGGGUGUCGGAGAUAAGGGAGCCGCGCAAGAAGUCUCGAAUAUGGCUGGGGACUUACUCCACACCUGAAAUGGCGGCGCGUGCACACGACGUCGCCGCCCUCAGCAUCAAGGGCACCUCCGCCAUACUCAACUUCCCGCACCUCACCGACUGGCUCCCUCGCCCCGCUUCGCUCCACCCCAGAGACGUCCAAGCCGCCGCCGCUAAAGCCGCCGCCAUGGAGGACCUCAACUCUGGCGCGUGCUCCUCUUCUUCUCCGUCGCAGGAGGAGGAGGAGGAACUGGCGGAGAUAAUCGAGCUUCCUACACUCAACGGAAGCUUCGAGUCAAGCUCCGAGUUGAAGCUGGUUGACUCGACGGAGUGGUGGGUGUUGGAUGAUGAAUUUUGUGGGUAUUUUGUUGAUCAUCAAGUAGGGGAAGGGGAAAGUGUGAUUCUGUAAUGGGAUUAAUUCUUGCUAAAAAAAAUAUGUUGGGUUUAAUAAUAUAAUCCAUUUUAUUUUA